CGUGGCCUGCUUUCAAUGCGGUUAUAUUACAUAGAUUACGGAUGAAAGCCAAAGCAAAGAACACCUGUUGAGCCUAAAGCAUUCUGGUUGUAAUUUCUUGAAGUGAUCAUCAACAAUGGAGCAGGUGUUGGUCAACAUUCUGGAUGAGGUGACGAGUGACGAGAUGAAGAGAUUUCAGUGGCUCCUGAUCAGGCACCAGAGGCGUGGCUAUGAGCCCAUCAAAAAAAGCGAGUUGGAUCGCGACACAAGCAGGGAGAAUACCGUGGAGCUGAUAGUGAACAAAUACAAAGAGAAUGGAGCUCUGGGCGUCACAAUUAAUAUCCUGAAGAACAUGAACCAGAAUACACUUGCUCACGAGUUGAAGACAAAAGCAAACAUUCUCAAAAGAGCGCAAAACGGCACUGCAAAGGUGAGCACUGCGGCGAAGAGCACUGUGGCGAAGAGUACUGCAAAGGAGACACCAGCGGUGAAGAGCACUGCAAAGGAGAGCACUGCGGCGAAGAGUACUGCAAAGGAGACACCAGCGGUGAAGAGCACUGCAAAGGAGACACCAGCGGUGAAGAGCACUGCAAAGGAGAGCACUGCGGCGAAGAGUACUGCAAAGGAGACACCAGCGGUGAAGAGCACUGCAAAGGAGACACCAGCGGCGAAGAGUACUGCAAAGGAGACACCAGCGGCGAAGAGUACUGCAAAGGAGAGCACUGCCACUGUGGUGGAGAGCACUAUGAAGGAGAGCAUUGUAGCAAAGGGCACUACAAAGGAGAACACUGUGGCAAAGAGCACUGCAAAGGAGACACCAGCGGUGAAGAGUACUGCAAAGGAGACACCAGCGGUGAAGAGCACUGCAAAGGAGAGCACUGCGAUGAAGAGCACUGCAAAGGAGAGCACUGUGGCAAAGAGCACUGCAAAGGAGGACACUACCACUGCAAAGGAGACACCAGCGGUGAAGAGUACUGCAAAGGAGACACCAGCGGUGAAGAGCACUGCAAAGGAGAGCACUGCGGCGAAGAGCACUGCAAAGGAGAGCACUGUGGCAAAGAGCACUGCAAAGGAGGACACUACCACUGCAAAGGAGACACCAGCGGGGAAGAGCACUGCAAAGGAGAGCACUGUGGCAAAGAGCACUGCAAAGAAGAGCACUGCCACUGUGUUGAAGAGCACUGCCAAUGUGAUGAAGAGCACUGCAAAGGAGAGCACUGCGGCGAAGAGUACUGCAAAGGAGACACCAGUGUUGAAGAGCACUGCAAAGGAGACACCAGUGUUGAAGAGCACUGCAAAGGAGAGCACUGCCAAAGGCACCUGCAAAAACUGAGCCGUUCUAGAUCAAGAGGAUGGGCCAAUAUGGUAUACUUUAUUUAGGUCCAUUUACUUGUCAAAGACCAGUUUACAAUUGAGGAGGAUUGUAAAACUAUUUUCUUAAGCUUUUCUCAUAAUAUUUGGAAUUUUACAACCUGACAAUUAAAUGAAAAAAAUAUAUUUUGAAGAAUUGUAAUGUUUAACAUUUUUCUCAUGCUCUUCAGCAAACAGGGCUGCCCUCUGGAAACCCUCCAGGCCCGUCGAUCAACCGUGUCAGUGGCCACUUGGGCCAGUGAAAAAUAUAUUGUAAUAAUGCUAUUUUUAAUGUAGGUUAUGUGAUUAUUAUUAUUUUUUUUAUACUGAUGGAUUCCCAAAGCUGUUCAUUCGUGACUUAGAUUAUUUAUCACAUGGGAGCUGCACACAUAUAGCAUAUAAUAUGUCGGGCAGAGAAAGCGCGCAGCUCUCAAACUUCAAAAUUGUCUAAGACUCCAGCCACCCAAGUCAUAGACUGUUUUCUCUGCUACCUCAUAGCAAGCGGUACCGGAGCGCCAAGUCUAGGGCCAAAAGGCU